AUGUUUUCUGGUUCGCUAUCCUUUCUACUUUUGAUUUUCCUUAAUAGAAUUCCUCAUUUUCCCUUUAUUCAUUUAUUCUCUUCUGUUUUUGACUACCACAUUUUUUUCUUUUCUCCUUUAACAUUUCUUCUCUUCUUUGCUUUCUCCCAUAUUUUCUUUUCCUCUUUCUCUCAUAUUUUCUUAUCCUCUUUCUCGAUUCUGUUUUCUUUUUCCUCUUCCAAAAUUCGUAUUUCUUUUCCUCUUUUGGUUCUUCUUCGUAUUUCUUUUCCUCUUCCACCGCUUCGUAUUUCUUUUUCCUCUUCCUCUUGUGAUUUUUUUCCUCUUUUGGGCUUAUGGUUUUUCUUUUCCUCUUCCACCGCUUCACUGUUUUCCAUUUUUCUUCCACUUUCUUUUAUUUCUUUUCCUCUUCCUCCGCUUCGUAUUUCUUUUCCUCUUCCUGCUUCGUAUUUCUUUUCCUCUUCCUCCGCUUCGUAUUUCUUUUCCUCUUCCUCCGCUUCGUAUUUCUUUUCCUCUUCCACCGCUUCGUAUUUCUUUUCCUCUUCCUCCGCUUCGUAUUUCUUUUUCUCUUCCUUUUUCGUAUUUUUUUUUCUUCCACCGCUUCCUUCGUUUUCUUUUCUCUUCCUCUUCUUCGUAUUUCAUUUUUCCUCUUCCACUUGCUUCGUAUUUCUUUUCUUCUUCCGUUCUUUCUUUCGUUUUUUUUUUUCUUCCUCCGCUUGUAUUUCUUUUUCUUUUUUCUUUUUAUUUCUUUUCCUCUUCUUGGACUUUAAUUUUAUUUUUUUCUUCAUUUUUUUUCAUUUCAUUUUUUUUUUUUCCUUUUUUUUCUUUUUUUUUUGUUUCUUUUUUUUUUUCUUUCUUUUUUUUUCUUUAAUUUUCUUUCUUUCUUUCUUCCCAAAUUUCUUUCUUCUUUCUUUUUUUUCUUUUUUCUUUUUUUUUUUCUUUUUUUCUUCUUUCUUUCUUUCUUUUAAAUUUUUUUUUUUUCUUUCUUUUUUUUUUUUUCUUUUUUUUUUUUUCUUUCUUUUUUUUCUUUCUUUUUUCUUUCUUUCUUUUUUCUUUCUUUCUUUUUUGAAUACUCUUAAUGGUGAUAAACAAGUAAUUCUUUCUUUUCUUUUUUCCUUCUUUUCUUCAUUUUCUUUUUUUCCUCUUCUUUUUUCUUUCUUUUCUUUCUUUUCUUUUUUUCCUCCUUUUCUUUUUUUCCUUCUUACCUAG